CAAGAAGAAACAAGUCGCACAAUACUGCAGGUCCUAGCAAUCCAAAGAUGAAGCUUUCUAACAUCUUCAGCACCGCUGCACUAUGUACCUUCGCAGUUGCAAGCCCGCUGCCAGGGAAUGCCAUUGCUGAGCGAGAGGCCAACCCUAUUACUCCUCCUGGCUACGGCGCUAAGUACAUCUUGGAGGAUGAUCUUGAUAAGCGUGAGCCUCAGAGGAACACUUAUGGCAAGGCUUACACUUUGAAGAUGAAGGAUGACGGAUUUAAAAAGCGAGAUCCUCAGAACACUUAUGGCAAGGCUUACACUUUGAAGAUGAAGGAUGACGGAUUUAAAAAGCGAGAUCCUCAAAACACUUAUGGCAAGGCUUACACUUUGAAGAUGGAGGAUGACGGCUUUGAGAAGCGCGAGGCCGAAAGUGAGGCUUGAAUGUUUAUAUCAGGCUAUACAUAUGGCGGUCAAAGACGCAUGCAAUGUUGGUCUUGUGUAUUCAGUAGCAAAGUUAAAUCGAGUAAACAACUGCUGCCUACGGAAUUCACCAACCAUAAAGCAGGUGGCCUAGACCAGUAAAUCUCACAUACGCGAACGAGCAUGUGGACACUAUCAGAUUAAGGUUCCAAAUAAACUUCAUUGUAGCCUAGA